UAAACGUUUGGAUCUCAUACGAGUGUGUAUAACGAACACAAAAGGAAGAAGAAGUAGUAAGAUGGCGACAGUUGGUCAGGUUAUGUGAUUUAAUACUAUUAGUGAACGAUAUCUUGCAAGUAUAAAAUAUUUAUUUAGUUUUAUUCAAACUGUGCCAAUAUUAGGUAUAGUAUGGAGCUGGCAAGUUCUGCUUUUAAAAAUAUGAAUUCUGUCUCUCAUAAAAACACCAAAAAGAAGACAUGGAAAGAAAUGAGACAGGCUGUUCGUCAAGUUCGUCGCCAGUUGUCAAGCACAUCCGUCAAAGAUCCUUGCAUGUUUGUUUUUAAGCAUGGAUUUGAUAAAAAUGUGCCGUAUACUAGAAUUUACUGUCUUAGUACUUUAAUGAGUGGAAGGGAAACUACGCUUUUGUUCACAGAUAUUAAUUAUGGUGACUUGGGUGAUGGAAAGACAGUGUUUCCAUGGCAACCUUUAUUAGAGUCAACAUUUCAAGUAGUUCAUCCUUUAGGAAGGUUUUCUCGUGAGGAACAGCUACAGUGGGAAAGAAAGAGGCUUGUCAUGUGGGGCAUCACAUCCUAUGACUAUCACGAAGAAGCAAGCCGAUUUGUUUUUCCAGCUGGUGGCUCAGUGUUUUAUUGUGAUGCUGCUAAUCAAGUGAUUCCUCCAUUAUUUCCAAGAGAACUUAACAGCAGUAUCACUGGUGCUAAACUUAACCCUCAGAUGUGCCCUUCGAACCCAGAUCUCGUGGCCUAUGUCUACAACUGUGAUUUAUGGGUACAUCAAUUAGCUUCAUCUUGUGAAUUACGACUUACAUUUUGUAGAAAAGGGUGUGGAGACCUUGCUGUUGAUCCCCUUAGUGCAGGAAUACCGUGUUAUGUCACCCAGGAAGAGUUUAGUAGGUAUACUGGCUAUUGGUGGCAACCUGUUUGUGCUCAAGGAGCUGGUGUGUAUCGUAUCCUCUAUGAAGAAGUGGAUGAGAGUGAUGUAGAAAUUCUUCAUUUACCACCGUCUGAUGACAGGGGAGUGGAAAAAUUUAGGUUUCCACGUGCAGGUACUCCAAAUGCCAAGUCAACUCUUAAAAUGAUUCAGUUUACGCUGAGUGCCAAUAGACAGAUAGAAAAUGUCACUUAUCUUGUAAUGAAGGAAUCCUUACAGAACUUGUGUCCUGUAUUUGAAUACCUAGUUCGUGCAGGGUGGACUCCAGAUGGAGUACAUUCAUGCAGGGUGGACUCCAGAUGGAGUACAGUUCAUGAUGUUCUUCACUUCUUUCCCCAACUUGUAGAUGAUGAAAUAACAUUCUUAUGGGCAAGUGAAGAAAGUGGAUUUCGACACUUGUACAUAAUAACAGUAGAGUUGCUACGAGAUGACUUAACAGGAAAUGUUACUGACCCUGCAAUCCUUAGACCUGAAACACAGGUAUCAUCUAGGAUAUUGAAGAAGAUAGCUCUGACAGAUGGGGAUUGGGAGGUUUCAGAGAAAGAUGUGUGGGUUGAUGAAGAGAAUGAACUAGUAUACUUUAUUGGAUUAAAAGAUACACCUUUAGAAAGGCACUUAUAUGUUGUGUCAAUGAAACACCCAAAGGACGUAAUUCGAUUAACAACACCCGGAUUUUCUCACAAUGUAGCAAUGGAUAGGGAUUGCUCUAUGUUUGUUAGUAUACAAAGUAAUAUAACACAGGUUCCAUUUGGAUUAGUUUAUCAGAUACUACACAACUCUCAAGAACUGUCAACACGACCAUUAGGUUACAUCUUGGAACAUGUGUCCAUGGAUCCAGAAUAUCCUCCACCUAAACUUUUCACUCAUCAGCUUCAGUGUGGAGAAGUUGUAUACGGAAUGAUCUUUAAGCCUCUUCACAUGGCAACUGGGAAGAAGUAUCCCACAAUUCUUAUCAUCUAUGGUGGGCCUGAAGUCCAGCUGGUCACUAACACUUUUAAAGGAAUGAGACAUCUACGACAACAUGUGCUAGCAGCUGAAGGUUAUGUGGUAGUAGCUGUGGAUUGUAGAGGUUCCAGACAUCGUGGAGUAGCAUUUGAAAGUCAUAUUAAGGGGAAAAUGGGCACUGUGGAGGUAGCAGAUCAAGUUGAGGUACUUCAGUGGCUAGCAGAAAAUACAGGUUACAUAGACAUAAACAGGGUAGCUGUACAUGGCUGGUCUUAUGGGGGCUAUUUGUCACUCAUGGCCUUAGCUCAGAGACCUGACAUAUUUAAGAUAGCUAUUGCUGGAGCACCAGUAACCUCAUGGAGGUUAUAUGAUACAGGUUAUACUGAAAGAUAUAUGGAUACACCAGAAAAUAAUCUGAAAGGUUACUCGGAGGGGUCAGUUAUGUCUUAUGUGGACCAGUUUCCAAAUGAAGAAAACCAUUUACUUAUAAUUCAUGGUCUCAUGGAUGAAAACGUUCACUUUGCUCACACUACCCAGCUUGUUAGUGCUCUUGUAAAAGCAGGAAAACCUUAUCAUUUACAGGUUUAUCCUACAGAGAGACACAGUCUGCGACAUCUAGAUGCUAGUGAACACUACGAGACAAACUUACUCAGCUUCCUACAGCAGUAUUUAUGAUUUUCAGCUUAAGACACUUAGCUUUGUUCCCAGUGUGUAGUCACUGCAACAAGUUUGCAAAUUGGGUAAAUUCAACAAAAAGACCCGAGUGUUGAGAUUACAGUGUACGGGGCUAAUUGGUUGUGCAGGAAGAACAAAAUAUUGCUAAAAUAAACUUUGUUUUUAGUUGUUCUUCCUUAAUGCUGGUAUAUUCUCAUUUUGUAUUUAAAUACAAAAUGAACUUUUACUGUAAAAAAAAUCAGUUUUAAGGAAGACAAGUCCUAGAAUUCUCUGUUGAAGCCUCACCUGAGCUACCGUCACGAUUCUUGUUUUGAUUAUGGAAACCUUGUUUGUACAUAUGCUUGAUAAUUCAAAACAUUUUAUAGCGAUUAGUUUGAAAUGAAUAGAUCUGUAGGUUUAUUACAGUUUGCUUUUCUAUUGGUGUUAGCAUACAAUGAUGUUGUCUCUCAAGAAUAAAGUAUUUUAUCAUUCUGGAAUAAUUUUAUUUUAUCAGAAACUUAUGAUCUUUGUUCAACUAAUAUUUAUAAUUAUUUCAAAAGUAAAUGUAUAACAGCUGUUAUUAAAAUAUACAAGCUAGGUGUGAUUACAUUAGUAACUGUGUAGUCUUCCUGAACUGAAACAUAUUUUAAUUAAAAGAGGUUUUCAUGAAAACUUAGUUUUCUUUUGUAAACUUGAUUUUUGUUGGUUUUUUUUUAUGUAAAGGUAGCUUAACAAUAGGACUGUAAAAUGCCUACAUUGAAAGUGUGUAAUUUUAAUAAUGACAUCUUGCUUUCCACUACAAAGAGUUUCUUAACCAUCUUCUCCUCCAGGACUUAAUUUUAUAUAUAAUAUUAAAAAAUGUAAUUUGUUUAAACUGCUCCUUGUUGCUUCUCAAUAGUCUAGUGUCAUUAGGCAUUGAUGUUUAUCCUGUAGAUAUUGUACUGAAACUAACUGGAAUUUCUGUUAAACUUGAACAGAAGAAAAUUCCUGUUACUAAGGGAUUAUAAACCAAAAGCAGAAGAACACAAACAUAACCUUAAGAGAAACAAAACCUGACACAUAGCCUAAAUUGGAAGAAGACAUUUAUAACAUAGUCAGAAGUGGAGAAAAUAUCUGAAACACUGCCUGAAGUAUAAAAAAAUAAUGUGAAAGAGAAUGAGUGUAAAUUAUCUGAAGGUAGUGUUCAGAUUGUUGUUUAUUGAAGUUUUUAUUUCUUAUAAGAGUAACAUAACUUUCCCAAGCAAGGUAUGGUAUCAUAGAAAUGUCCAUUGUAAUGAAACUUUAUAUGUUUUUAUUGAUAUUUCUCGAAUGCUGCUUAAAAACCUCGUGUAUUUUGUGAUCCUUUUAUAGGCUUACGAGAGAUAAUUUUGACAUUUUAUUAUGAAGUCUUUGUAAUACACUUGACACUUGAAUAAAGCAGUGUGACAGCAAGUUUGCUAGAAGGGGUGUUUUCUCAUUUGUUCCAGGACUACUAAGAUGUAUGUCGUAAACGUUUUCUGUAUUUAGUUUUGAUUUUUAUUGGGCUUGAUCAAAGUUUUAUGAUGUAUUUUUCCAUCUUUUCUUACUGCAGAUUAAAAUUAUUAAUGAGUUGGAAAGUAGUUUCUACAAAACAUUAGAAAUGUGUUUUAAUCCCAUUAGAUAACAGUUGAAUGUGGUGUGUUUUUUUGUCCCACCAAGUAUUUCUAGAAAGAAAAUCAUGAUGAGAAACUUAACCAGGAAGGGUGUUUUCUACAAUUUAGCUUGAGACAAGUAUGCUUAUCUUGAUAUGUUUAUGAUAUAAAACUGAUUAGUACAGCAGGAAGUUGAACAUUACUGUAACCACUACUGAUCAUGUGUACAGUAGACAUUCAUCUCAAUUAACUGUAAUGAAACAUGUAAACUUGAGUAUGCUCAGCUAGUCUCUUUGUGCAGCCUUGUUUGUGAAUAUUUCAGGACAGACCCAAGUGCCAAUAUUUGUCUUAUUUUAUAGUGUAAACAUUUCGUUUUGUGACUAUUGGCUUGGAACUGAUUCUAAGUUGGAUGUAACUUAUAGCAAAAGAUUUUUGUUCAAAUAAAAUCAGUUUAAUGCCUAAUAUAUAGCUUUA